AUGGACACUCCUGUUCGUCGCGUUAUUACCGCCCACGAUUCCAAGGGCAAAGCCUACUUCGCCUCCGACGAAACACUCAUUCCAUAUGAUCCAACGACUGCGCCAGAAUUUACCACUCCUGGCCCAGACUCUGGCUUCGGCGUGGUGCAGAUUCAUCGGUCGCGCGGUUUCCCAGCGGAUAACAUGCGCGACCUUCCAGACCCGAAUCGAACACUCGUUCCUCUGGCCGAUACCAAGGGACCAUCCUGUCGCAUUCUUGACCUUCCUCCCGCUGAGAACGGAUGGAUGCAUCGAACCUUGAGCUUGGAUUAUGCUGUCAUCUUGUCUGGGACUGUGGGCCUAAUCACCGACGAUGGAGUUGAGAAGGUUCUUAAGCCGCAUGAUGUUGUUGUGUGUCGAGGAACAAAUCAUGAGUGGGUGAAUCGUGGCACGGAUGUUGCUAGGCUGUUCGUUGUAGUUGUUCCUGCCAAGGAGAUUGUCACGGAGGAUGGUGAGCGACUGGAGAAGACGCCAGCUGGGCCUAUCUUUGACCCGGCAGAGGAGGAUUAG